ACAAUAGAAAUCUUAUGCCUGAAUUAUUUUAUGUUGACGAACAUUUUUUAUUUUUUUUAUUAUUAUUUUUUUUUAAAGCAAAAGAAAGCUUAAAGUAUACACCAAAGAGAAGAAAGUUGAAAGCUUUUAACUUUCCUCCACAAAGAAGAUGGAAAAGAAGAAGCUCUGAACUUUCAGAGAAACCAUUCCGUAAGCUUAUUCUCCAUAUGAAUACAACAACACUUGAUCAGAAGAAGACUUUCCAAAUUCUCAUUUUAAAAUUAAACAGGGCAAUCUCUCUGUUAUGUUUCAGCAGCUUCCCUGUUUCUCACUUGAUCAUCAUCCUCCUCCUCUUAAUCAACACCUUAAUUACCUUCUGAUCUCUCUCUUCUCUUAGAUAUCAUCAAGAACCCAAUUAGCAGCAAACACAUUUCCAAAACAAUAACCAUGAAGAAACUCCUCCUCCCUCCUAUGUCUCUUUACCUCCUUCCCCUGUUUCUGCAAAUCGCCACCCUACUCUCUGCACCUAUCUACACUCCGGUCGAAGACAUCACCAUCAACUGUGGCUCUUCCGGAACCUCACCCAACAUUUAUGACAACCAGAAUUGGACUGGAGAUAUCAACUCAAAAUUCUCCCCCAUUGAAUUACACCAAGAUAACACCAACACCUCAUCCCAAGUCAGAGAAGCACCUCCCUCCUCUGUUAGCCAAGUACCCUACACCACCGCUCGGCUUUCUCUUUCCGAAUUUAGUUACAAAGUUCCCCUCUCCAUCGGGCAGAAGUUUAUUCGUUUAUACUUCCACCCAGUUUCAUAUGACCCCAGCUUCGACCGAUCCAAAACCCUCUUCUCUGUCCGAGCAGGUGGCUUUACUCUUCUCCAUGAUUUCAAUGCUUCUGUAACUGCUGAUGCUAGUGAGACUGAGACGCUAAUAAGAGAGUUCUGUUUGAAUAUUGAUGAUGGACAUAGCUUGACCAUCACGUUCACUCCGAGCAGAGCAAUCCCAGAUGCUUAUGCCUUUGUCAAUGGGAUUGAGAUUGUGUCCAUGCCCACCAAUCUUUACUACACUGCAUCUGAAAGCCAUGGAGUUGAUUAUGUAGGCAACGAAGUCAAUUAUCGCAUCGAAAACAUCACCGCGAUGGAGAUGGUGUACCGAAUAAACGUCGGUGGAAGUGCACUCUCUUUCGACCAAGACACUGGGAUGUACCGCAAUUGGGGCAGUGUCGUGGACGAGCAAAAGUACUUGGAUGAUUUGAGUUCCAGGUGGACUGUUCUUCCACAAAACGUUAGCCUUCAACUCAACUUUGUGAAAAUACCAGAGUACUCUGCUCCACAAGUAGUUUACCAAACGGGCCGGUCCAUGGGCAGCAACCACACCCGAAACAAGAGCUACAAACUGACCUGGGAAUUUCCCGUAGAUCCCAAGUUUCUUUACCUGCUAAGGCUACAUUUCUGUGAGUUUGAGCCUGAAAUUAUGGACCCCGGGGACCGAUCGUUUCUAAUCUAUGUGGAAAACCAACUUGCUGAGCCACAAGCCGACAUAAUCGUGUGGAGUGGUGGAAAUGGGAGACCAGUCUACAGGGAUUACGUCGUGUUCAUGCCUGCAGGCCCUGAUCAGAAGAAAGUUAAGCUCUUUCUUGCACUGCAAGCAAACCCGAGAGAUUGGAUGACUGCAUACAAUGAUGUACUCUUGAACGGCCUUGAACUCUUCAAACUAAGUGAUACAAAUGGAAAUCUCGCAGGACCAAACCCCGACCCACCUCCACCAAAGCCGAUGCAGCCGAAAACCCCCUCAAAAGAGUCGAAGAAGAAGUCAACUCCUAUGCUUGCCACCGUUGCUGGUGCAGUUUCCGCCAUACUCGUAUUAUUCUGUGUCCUCGGAUUCUUGGUUUUCAGGCGAAGAAGAAGAUCCAAGGACACCGAUGAUGACUCAUUUUUACUGUCUGGUUUGUGUCGUGAGUUUUCAUUGUCGGAGAUCAAAGCCGCCCCCAAAAACUUCAACUAGGAUUUCAUUAUCGGUGUUGGUGGGUUUGGCCACGCGUACAAAGGGAGCAUCGAUCAGGACACAAACCCAAGUCGCAACAUAGCGGGGGAGGAGAUUCGAAUUUGAGCGAUGAGAUGAAGAGUGAAGAUAAGGUGUGGCUAAAGAGUGAGAGUGGUGCAGGGUUUAUUAGUUGUAGCUGGGAAGACUCAUCGGAGAUGAAGGAGAGCAGGGUGACCAAGACUAGUAAUCAGAACAAUUCUUCUACUAACGAAUCCAUGACAGGAAUGUCUGGGACUGUGUUCUCUGAGAUCAACGAUCCCAAUGGACGAUGAUGAUUAUCUGUACAAAUUAAUAUUCUUAAUCAUAUAUGGUAUAGGGCUUGCGUGGAGUUGUAUAUCCAUAUGAUGCAAUUGUAUAUAUAUUUGUAAUUUUUUUCUCCUUGUUUUUAAUAUUCUGCGAAAUUAAAACUUCCAUAUAGGCUUGCAA